AUAAAGUUAGCAGUACUCGUUUAACGUAUUUUAAAAUAUAUUUUUGUUACUCUUAUCUCCAUGUAAAAUCAGUAGAGGGUGGGUGGUUGGGAUGUAACCAAGUGAAUUUAGCUUUAGUUUCUAUAUAUAAUCAUAAAAUUUACUUAUCAUGUUUUAUGUAGUUUUUAAAGGUAAAGCCAAAGUAUUAAGAAACAAUUGUAUUUCUUUUCCAAAGAAAAAAUAUUAUUGUAAGAAUCUCUUUUCCUUUUUACAAUUUUAUCAUUUAAUUUAUACAGAUACAUUAGUUACACUUACAUUAAAAAAUUCUAUAAGCUAAGUUAUACAUUAGAGUAUUCUUGUAGAGUCAUAGUUCUUAUAAAGACUUUUUGGUUAAUUCUACACCUUUAGAUAGUUUAUGUGGUUUAUACUAAAUUUUUAAACAACUGUAAUAUUUUUUAAUACUUUCCGAUUAAUUAUGUUUAAUUAAUUUUUAUUUUCGGAUACUACUUUGAAUUUUGGUUUGAAUUGAAUAAUAUCCGAUAUUCAAAAUUACAUACUCUCAAUCCACAUUUGGAUUCUGGUUUAAUAACAGACUAACUAUAACUUUAAGAUUUUAAAAAUCGUGGCCCAUGCCUCACGUUGUUUAAGGGGUAUGGACAUAUUAGAAAACCACAGCGUACGAGCUCAACGCUCUAUUUCAAGAAUGGAGACAGCUCUGUGUCAAGAAUAUGGAGAUUCAGUUUGUAUGUGCUGUGCUUGAGACACAAGUUGAAAUGGGAAGCUGCUGAAAGGUGAAGAAAAUUUUGUUAUUACCUCUUUGUAUCACUCCAGAGUUGUAUAUUGUAAGUACAAAACUGAAACUCUUGUGAUUGAGUUUCAAGGGAUGGAAAUUAGAAGAGAAACUAGAGUGUCGUAAGCCACCGCUUCAAUCGCAGUGAGGCAACCUCCCGUGCUUGCAUUUACUGACUUAUUUAAGCAUGUCUGUUCUAUGAAUCCAUAUUAAUAAGUUUCGUCUCAAACAUCAUUAUCAUGUGAUCUCUAAGCUUUGCUUAGUGUACUUUUUCCAGUUGAGCUACGACACUUGGUCAAUAUUACUUAUCAUAUUAGAGAACAUUUCUUUAGAAACAUACAGUUUUAGAUGAAUGAGUGUUUAUAACAUUUGAGAAUUGUUUAUUUUCACAUAAUUCCAUUUUUUUCUUCCUAAGUUCUCUCUGAAACCACAUUUAUCUUCCUAUAUAACGAAACGUUCCUCCUAAUUCAGUGUAAAUAUCUAUUUUAACGUGUGCAAUUAUCUAUAAAGAAACUAGCAUGCAUAUAUGUGUAUUACAAAAGCCAAACAUACAAUAAGUUCCUGCGUGUAACAAAGAGAGUAUUGGUCUUAAUCAUUUUUGUUGUACCAUGAAGUCUACCACAUUGAUCAUGGUUUCUUGUGUUCUCAUGUUCUUCAUUCUCAACCAUGUGAAAGGUACGUGAUAUGUUAAUCUUUUUUUUUUUCAUUUUUGACUAGUUAAUCACGCACAAUCAAUUGCUUAUUGAACUUUAUUAUUUACAACUUAUUAUUUUUCUGAUUAAAGAUACAUUUUUCUGGUAAAAAUAAAUAAUAGAAGUGAACGGGAAGGUGUGCACAAAAAGACAAGUCUUCGAAAAGAAUUGUGGUGAGAAUGGAAACAGGACUUGCAUAAGAGGAUUUAAUGAUAUUAAAAAGUACCCCUUCUCUUGCGAGUGUAGCCUUGAAGUACCAACCGAAAGCAGACGUGUCUACGUAUGUAAAUUUCCAAAGUCUCCCUGCUAACAUUUCAUAUAGUUUAAUAACUAGUAUCUCUUUGUUACUAUGCAUAAGAGAAAUAAUUAAGUACACGUAACAAUUCGUUGUAUUAACAUGGCAGAUUUUAACAUUUACACCAAAAAAAAAAAAAAAAACAUGGCAGAUAAAAUUAAUCUUGUUGGUUUAGUGUAUUUUGAACUAGUUUUGUGUUUACUUUAUUUUCAUGUAGAAUCAAUGCAAUUUAUAAUUCAAUAAGUUCGAUUAUCUCGAUGAAAACUUUAUAUGUGCUUUCAAUAAUUCUUAAAAGUCGUGAGUCGUGCGACUCGUGCCUCGCGCUGUUGAUCUGAGGCCACUGCCCUGGGGAUUUUUUGUUUGAUCCUUGUUACGGAUUGGGUCUCAAGAUCAAUUUCGUGGCCAUCAUCAAAACUCUACCAUCUACUAGUCUUUUAUUUUUUUUACUUCUACACAUCUAUUUUUUUUUAAUUUUAACAAAUUACUGAUUCUGUUUUUGAAAUAUACUGUCUUCUGUAUGAGUUUCAGUGGAUAAUGUUGGAAAUUAAUUGUGUCCAUAAUUCUAUCUAAAAUGUCCAUUACUUUUAAAAAAAAAACUCUCCAAAAAUCAUUAAAGGUUAUAUGACACGUGAGGUUUAUCAGAAACAAGCAUGUAAGUCUAAAACAAGCAGUGAUUUUCCUAUACAUAUCUUUAUGUGAUUAUGAUACCAUGUAAAGAUUCAGAAACAAAGACUCUAUAUUAUGAAUGGUAAAUGAAAAAUCUUGUCAUAAAGUUCCUCAUCGUCUUCUCUUAUAGUUUUGCCAAUGAUUUUAACUUCAGCGUUGGUAUUUUGUAACGAGAAAAUAAAAUUACAUUAAUUGAUGGUUGAUAUAUCACUUUAAACAAAUCAUACGGCUGGCGUCUUUGAAGAUUAAGUUAGUCCUUGAAAAGAAAUGCAUUAAUAUUAGGAAAUUGAGUAUCUUGCAUAUGUGAUCAAAAAGCGUCCUCAACGUUUUUGUUUUUGGAUUUGCCGCUAAACAUAUAAACUUUAUAGCAUUGACGCCUAUAUAUAAUUCUCCUUUUUCUUAACAUUUUUUACCAAAAAAAUAUAAUUCUCCUUUUAAGGAUUACCAAAGAUAAAUGUCGUCACACUGAAUUUGACUUAGAUAAUUAUGUGACUAACAAAGAAAUAUAUGUUUUCAUAGGUCUAACUUAACAUAUAAUUAUUAUUUUAUAGAGUAUCUAAUUAUUUGUUAUAUAGUCCUCAUUGUAUGAGUUAAAUUUUCGUACUUUCAAAUAAAAGUUCCAUGCAUUCUACUCUUCAGAAUUUGUAAAAUGUUAUACAGUUAUUGUAUAAAUAAUGAUUCAGAAAGUUAUAUGUGGAUCGUUUGAUAACAAUAGUUUUUCUUAUUUCGUACCAAAUUUAUCAUAAAACAUAAAUGAGCACUUAUAUAACCGAUUACACUACCCAUAAUUUAAAUAAUAUAUGUUUGCAUAUUCUUUGUUACUAAAACGUAUAUUGAAACUGGAAGGUGCACACGUACAUCGUCAUGCGACCCACCAUAUAGGCUAUAAGACACGGAACUGGUUAGAAUGUCUCUUUCUUCCUUAACAACCAACUUAUAUUGCUAUUAUUAUUAUGAUAUUUCUUUAAUCACCACCUAACCAAUGAAGAAAAAAUCCAUAUUUUGCUUAACAAAAUUCGAUAGGGUGUUGAGUUAAUCACCGCUCGUUUUGUAUUAUACAAUAUAUAUGUUUUUGGGGUUAUAAUCAAGUUUAAGUCUUGCAGAUUCCAGUAAUACGACUCAAGUUAUAGCCAAAAACUAUGAACAGAAGUAACCAUUACUGAGAAAAAUGCACCUAUGAUUAUAUUCGUAACCAAUCCAGUGUAGGUUUAGUUGAGUGAUGAUACACUUUUAGCAUUAGAUGAAUCACAUCCGCAUAUGUCAUCAAAGUCAUAAACCAUUUAUAUUAUUUUCGUCUUGAUCCGCGGAUAUUAGAUUAAGGUAAAAUUUAAUUUAAUAUUUCUGGUUAAUUAAUAAUAAUAAUAAUUAUUAUUAUGGUUAGUGUAACGGCCCGGUUCCUGGCCCAAAAAUUUCUUAAGAAUAGCCCGUUAAGACUGCAGCCCAUUAAGGUAAAUGACCUAGUGUUCCCUCUUUUUCUUAUAAAUGAAGCUGCCUCCUCUCACUUUUCUCUCAUUUCUGAAACUUGAACGAAGCUCUGCAGAGAUUUAGAGAGAUUAGGAAACCCUAGCCGUCAAGCUUCUCUUUUUCCUUUUCUCUCUUCUUCUCUCACGCCUCUCUCUCUCUCUCUCUCUCUCUCUCUCUUUCUCUCUCUCUCUCUCUCUCUCUCUCUCUCUCUCUCUCUCUCUCUCUCUCUCUCUCUCUCUCUCUCUCUCUCUCCCUCUCUUUUCUCAUUCCGUUGGACCUCUUCCUCUCUCUUUGCUGCGAGCCCCCGAGAGCAAGCCGAGCCGCCGGUGGUGGUGGUGGUGAUCGUCCGAGUGUGGUGAUGGUGGUGGCUGUGUGGUGUUGUGGUGGUGACCAGAUCUCGUCUCUUUCUUGUUUACUUGUUCCAGAUCUGUUCAGAUCUCCUCUCUUUUGUCUCUUGUACCCAUAUCCGGAUCCAGAUCUAGGCUAAGGUGGAGUGUCUCGAACCCAAACUUCUCUCAUGAUUCUGUAUACUCCUUUAUGUUGGAGUUAGGUUGUUUAGACCCUGUUUGAGAGUUAGGUUGAUAGAACAUGAUAAUUGCUAGGAUGAUAGAUGGAUGGAUCAUGAUGCAUAAGAACCCUCAUACUGAUAAAUGGGACUUGAUGAACUGAAUUGAGUUGUGGUAGUGAUGAUUGAUUGGUGAAUGAUGCUUGUAUGUUUGGAUGUGUAGUCCCAUGUGUUGCUGUGACUAAAGCUAGGGUGCUAGAGAGAAAUGAAUGCAAAGUUAUAUAGAAGAGCAUUGAUUGUUAAUGUUAUUGUAAGUAGAACUUGAGUGCGAUGUGUAUUGUGUGUGACACCGAUAAUGGGUGGCGUCUAGUGAAUGAGUCCAAGUACAAGUCUAAAUGAAAAGGGAAAGUAAAUGAAAAUGAGAAGGGAUAAGUGAAAGUAUACAAGAAUAAUGUUAAGGUUAAGCAUGGGUGGGAAAGCAUAUAGAGUCUAAGGAAAGUAUGUGUGGCAGUAGUUCACGCUAUGUAUCCAUAGGAGAUGUGGCCAAUCCACAAGAAUAUGGAAGCACCCAUAGGAGAUGUGGCCAAUCCACAAGAAUAUGGGGUAGAAGCCUAGUUGGGCUACCCACUGAUGAUAAGGACGUAUUGAUGAUAAUGACGUGCAUUGUAGGGUCUUUAGCUCAUGGUCGGAUAACGGGGAGUUAAAGGUGUCAUAAGAUGAGUCGGUUAAGUCUAGGUUUUGACGUGUGUGGCAAUGAGUGAGAUCAUUGUAUUGAUUGAUCACUAGGUUGUUAGAAAUAUAUGGAAUUAAAUGUGAAAAUUACAGAUGACGAUGUGAAAUGAUAAAAAUGCAUUAACUGAAUGUAGUGGCUAGACAGUCCUAGUUCCCGCAUAGAGUAGUAUAGAGUGUCAUGCGGGCAGGCUGGUCUAGAGCCACUUCACUGAGUAACUUGUUGCUCACUCCUCCAUUUCCAUUUUCCUUUGCGCAGGACUGUAAGUAGAAGUAUAUGGAUGUGGGUGUGAUGGUAUUUCAAAGAAGGUUUUGCGCCCGUCGACUCUCGGGACCAGUAACGGGACACGUAGGAUUGUCUAAAUGAGUAGACACGUGUCCAUAACGCCCCUUCGAUAACCCCGGUCGGACGCCGGGGGAUCGGGCCGUUACAAUUGGUAUCAUAGCGGGUUAAGAUCCCUUAGUUCUGUCCUAAGAGAUCAUCAUUUCCGACGUUUUAAAAAAAAAACUUGUUUUCAUUAAAAGAAAAGAGUUUGUAAAAGUUUUGUUUCUUCUAACACUCCUGAAAAUGAUUUCAAAACCACCCACUAUAUCUAUACGUUAUUAUGAUUUUGAUCUGAUCCAUUGUACUUGCAAAAUUUCUUUUUGAGCUUAAUUCAUUCAUUGGUUUUUAAAAGAUCCCCGAGCAAAGUUGUUCUCGCCUUGUAUGCCUCCCUUGUAUGAUGUGUGAUUGUGUGAGUUCCUUUUGUUAUCGGAUGUUAAGUUCGGAAGUCUAGGGUUUGGAAUUCGGGGAUGAAUUCCGAUUAACAGGGGAGAAUUGUAACGGCCCGGUUCCUGGCCCAAACAUUUCUUAAGGAGAGCCCGUUAAGACUGCAGCCCAUUAGGGUAAAUGACCUAGGGUUCCCUCUUUUUCCUAUAAAUGAAGCUGCCUCCUCUCACUUUUCUCUCAUUUCUGAAACUUGAGCGAAGCUCUGCAGAGAUUUAGAGAGACUAGGAAACCCUAGCCGUCAAGCUUCUCUUUUUCCUUUUCUCUCUUCUUCUCUCACACCUCUCUCUCUCUCUCUCUCUCUCUCUCUCUCUCUCUCUCUCUCUCUCUCUCUCUCUCCCUCUCUUUUCUCAUUCCGUUGGACCUCUUCCUCUCUCCUUGCUGCGAGCCCCCGAGAGCAAGCCGAGCCGCCGGUGGUGGUGGUGGUGAUCGUCCGAGUGUGGUGAUGGUGGUGGCUGUGUGGUGUUGUGGUGGUGACCAGAUCUCGUCUCUCUCUUGUUUACUUGUUCCAGAUCUGUUCAGAUCUCCUCUCCCUUGUCUCUUGUACCCAUAUUCGGUUCCAGAUCUAGGCUAAGGUGGAGUGUCUCGAACCCAACCUUCUCUCAUGAUUCUGUAUACUCCUUUAUGUUGGAGUUAGGUUGUUUAGACCCUGUUUGAGAGUUAGGUUGAUAGAACAUGAUAAUUGCUAGGAUGAUAGAUGGAUGGAUCAUGAUGCAUAAGAACCCUCAUACUGAUAAAUGGGACUUGAUGAACUGAAUUGAGUUGUGGUAGUGAUGAUUGAUUGGUGAAUGAUGCUUGUAUGUUUGGAUGUGUAGUCCCAUGUAUUGAUGUGACUAAAGCUAGGGUGCUAGAGAGAAAUGAAUGCAAAGUUAUAUAGAAGAGCAUUGAUUGUUAAUGUUAUUGUAAGUAGAACUUGAGUGCGAUGUGUAUUGUGUGUGACACCGAUAAUGGGUGGCGUCUAGUGAAUGAGUCCAAGUACAAGUCUAAAUGAAAAGGGAAAGUAAAUGAAAAUGAGAAGGGAUAAGUGAAAGUGAUAAGGAUGUGAAAGGAUAAGUGAAAGUAUACAAGAAUAAUGUUAAGGUUAAGCAUGGGUGGGAAAGCAUAUAGAAUCUAAGGAAAGUAUGUGUGGCAGUAGUUCACGCUAGGUAUCCAUAGGAGAUGUGGCCAAUCCACAAGAAUAUGGAAGCACCCAUAGGAGAUGUGGCCGAUCCACAAGAAUAUGGGGUAGAAGCCUAGUUGGGCUACCCACUGAUGAUAAGGACGUAUUGAUGAUAAUGACGUGCAUUGUAGGGUCUUUAGCUCAUGGUCGGGUAACGGGGAGUUAAAGGUGUCAUAAGAUGAGUCGGUUAAGUCUAGGUUUUGACGUGUGUGGCAAUGAGUGAGAUCAUUGUAUUGAUUGAUCACUAGGUUGUUAGAAAUGUAUGGAAUUAAAUGUGGAAAUUACAGAUGACGAUGUGAAAUGAUAAAAAUGCAUUAACUGAAUGUAGUGGCUAGAUAGUCCUAGUUCCCGCAUAGAGUAGUAUAGAGUGUCAUGCGGGCAGGCUGGUCUAGAGCCACUUCACUGAGUAACUUGUUGCUCACUCCUCCAUUUCCAUUUUCCUGUGCGCAGGAUUGUAAGUAGAAGUAUAUGGAUGUGGGUGUGAUGGUAUUUCAAAGAAGGUUUUGCGCCCGUCGACUCUCGGGACCAGUAACGGGACACGUAGAGUUGUUUAAAUGAGUAGACACGUAUCCAUAACGCCCCUUCGAUAACCCCGGUCAGACGCCGAGAGAUCGGGCCGUUACAGUUAGUUACUUGGUAAAUUUUAAAUCGAACCAGUUAAUUAGAGGUAUAUAUUUUACAUAAAAUACUUUAUUACAUUCAUAUAUAAAUAAAAAUGAAAAAUAUAAUUAGAGAUUGUUGGGAAAAAAGUCCAAAGACAAUUUAACAACCAAGCUUAAAAUAAAUCAAGAAAAAUAGCACCAACUGUUAGUUGAUUCAUAGCUUUCGUGCCAAAAUUGAUUCUGCAGCCUUCGUUGAUUGGUCUCAAGGAAACAAAAAAAAAACUAAAGAAUGAACAAUCAAUCAAUCAUUCAGAUUUUGGUUUGUCAUAACAGUCAACCACAUUGUUCCUUUCAUUUCUAUUAAAAGAAUUAUUUUGAACAUUUCUAACAAUCACAUUUUAAUUUGUCAUAACAAUUGGAUGGUAUGAUUUAACAAAGAUAUAAAUACUUCAAAUAGUUCAGAAAUACUUUUACAAUCCAUUUAUAAUUUUAAAGCAUGUUCACUUUUUACUCAGUGUAAUAAUAACUGGCCGAACCGAAUAUGACAAAGUAUACCGAGAACUAACUAACUAAGUGACUGUUAAGAUAUGAUGCUGUGAUUCCUAACUUGUGUGUUUGCAACCUAUGAUUUUGAUUUAUGAACACCUAUUCUAGAACACAUUUGAUAUUGAUUUGUAAGAAAAAAUAUAUAUUUCAUAUUUUCAUGUUUUUCAUAAUCUUCGCCUAGAAUAUAAUGAAGUAGCUAUUGUAAUUCUUAUAAGUAUUCUAAUUUACUUUUUUUUGUCAACCAUAUUUUUUUAAUACUAAGUUCGAGACUCUUUUUUCUUCUUGUACUAUAGUUGUGUUCAAUACAUAUAUUAAUUUACUUAAAAAUAAGCUAACAAGAAGAAUCGUGAGGAGCAUUCAUUAAGCUGCUUACUAAGACUUGUUCUUCUACUAACAACUUCAUGCCCUGCAUAUCCUUCAUCUUCAAUGCCGACAAUCACUAAAUUUAUUAAUUAAUAAAAUCUUGUUCUUUUAAUAAUACUCUAAUGUUACUUUUAAAUCUUUUGAUCUUCAACACGUAGAAUUUUUGUUCGUGAUCCUUUGUUAAGAUCCCAACAUUCACAGAAACAAUCAUUGAACACGAGUAGCAUUGUCGUAGAACGACUUCUUAUAUACUUCAUACAAUCCUCUCCCUCUCUCAUACAACCUUCAUUCACAUCAACAUAUUUCUACAUUUGCGGGUAAGCCCUAUUUCUAGAGUAUCCUUGCACAACAAGAAAGUAAAAAGUCUUGCGUUACUUAAGAGGCAAGAGAAAUGUCAGAGAAGGAUCUUCUUUACAAUACAAUACUUGCUCGUAGCUUUAGCAAAAACGAGCAGAAGAGACUUGGCUAUGGAGCUUUCAUCGCCUCUCUUUUCUUUGUCUUCACUCUUUGCACCUUCUUUAAACCUUACCUCAGCCCAUUACCAAUCGUGGAGUCGCAAUUAUCAGUGGACGUUGGUCUCAGGAUGCUGAGAAUAUCAGAAACGCAUAAACCGAAGGCGUUGAGUAGCAGCAACUAUACAACGUUUCAAAACAACAUUACAUCAAAUACAACAAAUACGCAGAGGUUAAACGACACAAGCUUGCCCAAGAAUCAUUCUGAUUCGUUUAACCGUACUACACCCACUUUAAUCUCCAAAGAACAAGUUAUUUCAGACGGUAAUAUGAUGGAGGAAACGGUAAAAUGUAAAAAGCAAUCGAGAACAGAGGUGUGCGAAUUAAACGGCGACGUAAGAGUCCACGGUAAAUCCGCGACGAUUCUAACCGCGAUCACGUCUGCGUUUUCGGGAAAUACCACGUGGCAUAUGAGACCUUACGCGAGAAAAAGAGACCCUGGGGCCAUGAAUAACGUUAGAGAAUGGACGUUGAAAUUGGUUAAAAACGCCGAGCGAUUAGAGAACGCUAAUUUCUCGCGUUGCGUUACGAAUCACAGCGUUCCGGCGAUUGUUUUCUCUCUGGGAGGCUACUCGAUGAACAACUUCCACGCUUUCGCCGACAUCGUGGUUCCUCUUUUCACGACGGCGCGUAGGUUCAACGGAGAAGUCCAGUUCCUCGUGACGAACAAGAACCAGGCGUGGAUCAACAAGUUCAAGGAGAUACUGAGAAGUCUCUCGAACUACGAUCUGAUUCACAUCGACGACGAAGACGAAACGCACUGUUUCACCACCGUCAUCGUCGGCCUCAAGAUCCAUCCGGAGUACUUCAGAGAGCUGACGAUCGAUUCUUCGUUCUCCGAGUACUCCAUGUCCGACUUCCGGAGGUUUCUAAGAGACGCGUAUUCGCUGCGAAACGCCGCCGUGGAUCUGCGGCGGCGGAGGCCACGGAUCAUGAUUCUAUCCAGAGCCGGAUCGCGCGCGUUCACGAACGCCGACGAGAUCGCGAGCGCGGCGGGAGAAACCGGAUUCGAAGUCGUGGUGGCGGAAGCGAGCACAGGCCUCGCGAGAUUCGCGGAGACGGUGAACUCGUGCGACGUGAUGCUCGGCGUUCACGGCGCGGGGCUUACGAACAUGGUGUUCUUGCCGGAGAACGCGGUGGUGGUUCAGAUUCUUCCGAUCGGUGGAUUCGAGUGGCUGGCGGAGACGGAUUUCGGGAGGCCGGCGAAGGGGAUGAAUCUGAGGUAUUUGGAGUACAAGAUCGCGGCGGUGGAGAGCUCGCUCGUGCGGAAGUACGGACGCGAUCACGAGAUCGUUAGAGAUCCGUCGGCGGUUAUUAAACGCGGGUGGAUGGCGUUCAAGUCGACCUAUUUGGUACAAAACGUGACUGUUGAUAUAAACCGGUUCAAGCCGGUUCUUGCCAAAGCUUUUGAGUUACUGCAGAAGCAGUCGAUGUAAAAUAAAUAGUUUACUGCAUUCAUAUACUGUAAAUUAUGAUAGUCCGAUCGGAAUAUUUUAUCAUCAAUACUAUUAAACCAGCAACAUGACCAAUUGAUGAAAGGUUAUGUCCAAUUUAUUAUUUUCCUAUACAACAUAUAUAAAAAUUAAACCAUAUAUUUUAUAACUGCUUACCUUUAUUCCUAUAUUCUAGGAUCCAUAACUACCAUGUUUUCAAGAGUGUACGAAUAAACAAUUGAUAUACGUUUGAUUCAAAUUUGCAUAAUAACUACAUCACUUUUUUUAAAAAAUAUCUACACAUUUUGUUACAGACAAUAUAUGUUAUAACCACAAAUAAUACUUUACAUAUACAUUAUACAUUAGUUAAUCCAGUGAAUUAUUAUCUACCUUUAUUCUUACUAUUAUGACUACUAAUAUUUAAAAUCUAACUUUAUGCUUUAUAUUUACUAAAUCUGCCAUUUUAAUAAAAUAGAUAAUAUAUUAGUAUAAUAUUAUUUACCAUUGAAAUAAUUAAUAUAAAAAGUAUUUUUUUUAUUUACCAAAUAUAAUUAGAAUUUUAUUUCAUUUUCAUGAAAUGCAAAUUAUUUGACCAAUUUAUCUAGAAAAUUAGGAUUUCGCCUUUAAAUAAACAAAUUAUAAUUAUCAUGAAAUUAAAUUAAGUUUAAAUUAAAAAAAUAAAAUAUCAUUAGAUUUAUCUAGGUUUUUUCGGGUUGGGCUUUUAACCAGAUUUUAUGGAAUUUUUUAAAUAGAAAUUUUAUAAUUUAAUCCAAAAUCUGAGCUGGAUUAUAUGCAAAUCACUCGAUUUACCAUUUUUAUCGUUGAUUCAGAUCAAAUAUGAAAAUAUCGUGAAAAGAUCUAAAAUUAUAUUAUAAAUUAAAUUUAGCAAAAUUUUAGAUAAAUAUAAUAAAUUAAUAUUUUUGAGUAUAUAGGUCGGAUUGAAUCGGAUUCAAGACUCAUACUUACGGGUAGAUUCAACAUUGGUUUUCCGAGUAUGAAUAUUAUAUAUUAUAUUAAUAAUUCAAAAUGCUAAAAAUGCAAAAUAUCAUGAUUUUAUUAAAACCUAAUUUCAUAUUUCGUCAUCAAAAUUAUUUCUGUUAAAAUGUCAAAAAUAUUAUAAUCUACACAAUUAUAAUACUUUCUUUGUAACAUUUAAAUGCAAAUGAUAAUAAAAAUAUAAAUUUAUAUCAAAUAAAUUUGAUUUGUUUUGGAAAUAAAUCCGCACUUUGAAAGUGCACGGGCAUACGGGCAUAUGAUUACAAAGAAACAGAUAUACAUGUAUAUGAUUACAAAGAACCGAGUGUAUGUCGGAUCAAUUUUUUAAAUUGCUAUUAUUUUAUAAAAUAGUCUUGAUUAAGAUUUAUACACAAAUAUGAUUAUAAAAAAAAUACAAAUAUGAUU